CCGGGAUACAAAGAUCUUUUCGUUUUUCUAUUGAGAUCAAUCAAACCCAGGGGUGAGUCAAUCAGUGGCUCACAGCACCGAAAUCUUGGCGCCUACAGCUUCUAUCAAACUUCUAUAGCCACGGCUCUGGUGGGCGGACUUCUCCAUCAGGUGACGCUCUGCUUUGAAAUUCAGCAGUUUUCUAUCCAUCCGGCAGAGAUAUUCCACCGGGAACAGCGUGCAUAACAAAUUCGAAGGCAGACUUCAAGAUGGGGGAUGCUGGAGGCGAGGAGAGAGGCAUCCGAAUUGCUAUAGAUGUGAGUUUCAGGCGUCAAUUGUUCGCUUACAUUCUCUCACACUCACAUUUUAACGUGGGCAGCGUGGCGGCACAUUCACAGACUGCGUUGGCAACCCUGGUACUGGGCGCAUGGAAGAUGACAUUAUCAUCAAGUUAUUAUCAGAGGACCCGUCCAAUUACAAAGAUGCGCCGCUUGAAGGAAUCCGCCGUCUGAUGGAAAAGUUCACUAACAAGGAAAUCCCGAGAGGAGAAGCGCUUGAUACCUCGAAGAUCGAGAGUAUUCGAAUGGGCACGACGGUGGCCACCAACGCCUUACUGGAGCGCAAGGGUGAAAAGAUGGCCCUGGUAGUGACUCGCGGGUUCAAGGACUGCUUGGAGAUUGGAAAUCAGUCCAGACCUAAGAUCUUUGACCUCGCCAUCCGCAGGCCGGAUGUGCUUUACCGGAAAGUUGUCGAAGUCGACGAGCGUGUGACCCUGGAGGAUUACGCCGAGGAUCCGGUUCGGAACCAGACAAAGGUCGACGCCAAGCACGAAGACUACAGGAACAGCGAUCUCGUCAAAGGGCUUUCAGGAGAGGCUGUUCGAAUCUUGCAGAGACCUGAAGAGAACAAGAUCAAGGAGUCCUUGAAGGCUUUGUAUGACGAUGGCUUCCGAAGUAUUGCAGUAUGCUUAAUGCAUGCCUACACGUUUCCCGAUCAUGAAGCUCUGGUCGGAAGAUUGGCAAAAGAGAUUGGGUUUCAGCACGUCAGCCUUAGUCACGAGCUGAUGCCGAUGAUCAAGCUUGUACCAAGAGCCACCUCAGCAUGCGCCGAUGCAUAUCUCACUCCUGCCAUCAAGAAGUACAUUUCUGGGUUUCAAGCUGGAUUUGAGGGCGGCCUAGGCACAGAAAGUGUAAAGAAGGAAGAAGGCAGCAAGGGCGCCAGAUGCGAGUUCAUGCAGUCCGACGGAGGUCUUGUCGAUGUCGACAAGUUCUCGGGCCUGCGUGCCAUCUUGUCAGGACCGGCUGGCGGCGUAGUCGGCUAUGCGUUAACAUCUUAUGAUCCGGACACCAAAACACCCGUGAUUGGCUUCGACAUGGGCGGCACCAGCACAGAUGUGAGCAGGUACGGCCAAGGGCGUUAUGAGCACGUCUUUGAGACCACCACAGCAGGCGUGACCAUCCAGUCCCCUCAGCUCGAUAUCAACACCGUCGCCGCGGGUGGUGGGUCUCGCUUGUUUUUCAGAAAUGGCCUGUUUGUGGUUGGACCAGAGUCGGCUGGUGCCCACCCUGGACCAGCAUGUUAUCGGAAGGGAGGCCCUCUGACAGUCACGGAUGCCAACCUCUUCUUAGGCCGUCUACUCCCAGACUUCUUCCCCAAGAUCUUCGGUAAGAACGAGAAUGAAGGCUUGGACCCGGAGGCGAGCAGGAAACUCUUUGAAGAACUCACCAAGGAUAUCAACAGCCAGACUGGUAAAGACAUGUCUGCGGACGAAGUGGCGUACGGCUUUGUCAAGAUCGCCAACGAGACAAUGACACGUCCCAUCCGCUCACUGACAGAAGCCAAAGGCCACGACACAUCUCAACACCGUCUCGCCACGUUCGGAGGUGCUGGAGGCCAGCACGCGGUGGCCAUCGCAGAGUCACUGGGCAUCCGCCAAAUUCUCGUCCAUCGUUACUCCUCCGUUUUAUCCGCAUAUGGAAUGGCUCUCGCCGACGUUGUCGAUGAAAGCCAAGUACCCGAGUCUCAUGUCUGGGACCUGAAUGGCGGCAACCGUGAGGGCCUCAAGUCGAAGAUGAACGACCUGAAAGAGCGCUCGCGGAAGCGUCUCCGUGACCAAGGGUUCUCCGAUGACGCUAUUGAGUACGAGGAAUAUCUCAACAUGCGGUACAGAGGCACCGAGUCUGCGUUGAUGGUGAUCAAGCCAAGCGCGGAAGAAGCGAAGGAGUUGUACUCGGGCGACGACUGGGCCUUUGGUGCCGCAUUUGUGCGCCAGCACGAGCAGGAAUUCGGAUUUACCCUACCGGACAGGGACAUAAUCAUUGACGACGUGCGCGUGCGUGGCAUUGGAAAAUCUUUCCGCGGCAUGUCCGAGACGGCAGACCAGCAGCUCAAGGAGAUCAAGCCGAAGGAUGUCGUUGGGGACAAGGCGUUUUCCACGUCAAAGGUGUACUUUGAAGGCGGCCGUGUAGACACCAAGAUCUACAAGCUUGAAGACCUGGACGUGGGCACACGAGUCAAAGGUCCCGCCAUCAUUGCCGACGGGACGCAGACCAUCAUCAUCCCUCCAUCGGCGUCGGCGUUGGUCAUUGAGACACACGUCGUCAUCAACAUCGGCGAAGAAGGCAGUAGCAACAAGGCGAAUGCGAAGGAAGUCGACCCGAUUCUGCUCUCCAUAUUCGCUCAUCGCUUCAUGGCCAUCGCCGAACAAAUGGGACGCGCUCUGCAAAAGACCAGCGUGUCCACGAACGUGAAGGAACGGCUAGACUAUUCCUGCGCCUUGUUCGACAGUGCGGGUGGUCUCGUUGCCAACGCGCCACAUCUUCCUGUGCACCUGGGCAGCAUGUCGACGUGUGUCCGAACCCAAGCCGAAAUCUGGAAGGGGAAGCUGAAGAAGGGCGACGUGAUCGUCUCGAAUCACCCCGAGUACGGUGGCACACAUUUGCCGGACAUCACUGUCGUGACUCCGGCCUUCAGCCCCUCGGGCGAGAUUGUAUUCUACGUUGCUUCUCGUGCCCACCACGCCGACAUUGGCGGCAUCUUACCUGGGUCCAUGCCUCCGCACAGCCGCGAACUGUUCCAAGAAGGGGCGGCGAUCAAAUCGGAGAAACUGGUGUCAGAGGGCAAAUUCGACGAGAGGCGCAUCACCGAGUUACUCUACGAUGAGCCCGCGCAGUACCCAGACUGCAGCGGAACGCGAUGUUUGGCGGACAACAUCAACGAUUUGAAAGCACAGAUUGCCGCAAAUCAAAAGGGUAUCAACUUGAUCAGCACCCUCAUCGAAGAUUAUGGGGAGGACGUUGUGCAAUUCUACAUGCACAACAUUCAAGAUAAUGCAGAGCAGUCGGUGCGAACGUUACUAAAGGAAGUCAGCAAACGUUUCGAGGGUAAAGAUCUGCAGGCCGUUGAUUACAUGGAUGACGGAAGCCCGAUAUGUUUACGCAUCACCAUAGACGGAGAGAAGGGAGAAGCCGUGUUUGAUUUCGAGGGUACAGGACCGGAGGUGUACGGCAACAUCAACGCACCAGAGGCGGUCACCUAUUCGGCGAUCAUCUACUGCUUGCGAUGUUUGGUCGACCAGGAUAUCCCAUUGAACCAGGGCUGCUUGAAGCCAGUGGAAGUCAAGAUCCCCGCGGGCUGUUUCUUGAGCCCGAGUGAGAAGGCUGCAGUGGUCGGUGGUAACGUGCUGACCAGCCAGCGCGUGACCGACGUGGUCUUCAAAUGCUUCGAGGCCUGUGCGGCGAGCCAGGGAGACUGCAACAAUCUCACGUUUGGAUUUGGCGGGAACCGCAAAAGCGAGAGCGAGCAGAAAGGUUUUGGCUACUAUGAAACCAUCGCAGGUGGUAGUGGUGCCGGGAAGGACUGGGAGGGAACCAGUGGCGUCCAUACCCAUAUGACCAACACGAGAAUCACUGACGCCGAGGUUUUUGAAAGGAGAUACCCCGUCAUCCUGAGAGAAUUCAGCCUGCGGGCCGGAAGUGGUGGCUCGGGACAGCACAAGGGAGGCGACGGCGUGGUCCGAGACAUCGAAUUUAGGAUUCCUGUGCAGGUGAGCAUACUCAGUGAGCGACGAGUGUAUCGCCCAUAUGGCCUGCACGGAGGCGGCGAUGCCCAAUGUGGCAAGAACAUUUGGGUGAGAAAAAUCAAAAAGGUAACGAGCCGAGGAUCUGGUGGUGAACAUGAAGGGAAGCGAAGAGAAGAUGGUGGUUCCGAUGAAUAUGAAUACAGGCAUAUCAGCAUGGGCGCAAAGAACACCGCUUCUAUGCAGCCUGGAGAAAGGAUCAUUGUGAUGACACCAGGCGGCGGCGGAUACGGCAAGGUAGGAGAAAAGGCGCAGGUCGAGCUCAGAGAGGAUUAUGAGAAGCACUGGAAGAAGGGAAGUUUGGCUUCCAGGUUGGCCGAAUGGGAGAGUAGCUCUUGAGGUCUCGACACCAGCACGGUGGCUUUGUGAGCAAGCACAAAGAUUUCUUCUCUGGAGGACGUCAGUAACCAAACUGGUAGAAGUUAGAUUAGAUUGUAGAGGCACCUCACCGACAGACUAUUGACGCACACUCAUGGUCGAUCUGAAUGUGUCGUUCAGUGACCAACUGGUGUUGUUCGGUAUCGCAUUGACACCCAUGCCUCCGGUCUGGUUGUGGUUGGAUACGAGUGUUCCAGAAGACCCCGGGCGAAGAUAUACCUAUUCUUCUUCGUCACUCGUAGCUUCGAUAUUGGCCU